AUGUCGCCCCCUGCUUCUUGUCUUAAGACCACUGGCUGUCGACACCAGCCAGGGCUGUGGAACACAGCACCACAGACUGGCAGCUUCCACAACAGAAACUUGUUGUCUGGGUUCUGGGGCUGGAAGUUCAAGGUCAAGAGAAGGAACAUCAGUGAAAUUCAACCACAUGAAUCAGGCAGAGAUUUGAAGACAGGGAUCUACAAAGGGCACUGCUUCCGGAUCAAUCACUUCCCCGAGGACAAUGAUUACGACCAUGACAGCUCCGAGUACCUCCUUCGCAUCGUGCGAGCCUCCAGCGUGUUCCCCAUCCUCAGCACCAUCCUGCUCCUGCUGGGAGGGCUCUGCAUCGGCGCUGGCAGGAUCUACAGCCGCAGGAACAACAUCGUGCUCAGUGCUGGCAUCCUCUUUGUGGCUGCAGGCCUCAGCAACAUCAUAGGCAUCAUUGUCUACAUUUCCAGCAACACGGGCGACCCCAGUGACAAGCGGGACGAGGACAGGAAGAACCACUACAACUACGGCUGGUCCUUCUACUUUGGGGCCCUGUCCUUCAUCGUGGCCGAAACCGUGGGCGUCCUGGCUGUAAACAUUUACAUUGAGAAAAACAAAGAGCUGAGGUUCAAGACCAAACGGGAAUUCCUCAAGGCCUCUUCCUCGUCCCCUUAUGCCAGGAUGCCGAGCUACCGGUACCGGCGACGGCGCUCCCGGUCCAGCUCCAGGUCCACCGAGGCCUCGCCCUCCAGGGACGCAUCUCCCGUGGGCCUCAAGAUCGCCGGGGCCAUCCCCAUGGGCGAGCUGUCCAUGUACACGCUGUCCAGGGAGCCGCUCAAGGUGACCACGGCGGCCAGCUACAGCCCGGACCAGGACGCCGGCUUCCUCCAGGUGCAUGACUUCUUCGAGCAGGACCUGAAGGAGGGCUUCCACGUCAGCAUGCUGAGCCGGCGGACCACCCCCGUGUGAGCGGCCCACCCCUCCUCUCCUCUCAGCACCGGCCUCUCCCCGGAUCGGCUGCCUGGGGUCACACAGGAGGGCACGGGAUGCUCCGGGUGGACGGACGGACAAUGAACUGAAGCCACCCGCCACCCUCCCUGGUCUCGGAAGGUGUCGUGGGCUGGUGUCCAGUGGAAGAAGCCGGAGCCUAGAGCCGGGGCUGGGGAAGGUGGAAGGUGGACUGUAUCCCAGAACGGGUGUUCGGCUGCCCCCCGGGGUUCCUGAUCUCCCAGGAGGCCCAAGAGCUCUCCUGAGCUGCACGGGAAAAUAAAAUUGAGCCAUUAUCUCCUCUUGGAAACAAAUCUUGCCAGAAGAAUGGAAUUUUAGAGCCUUCCUGCCUGCCUGGGCCCCGGGCCCUGGGCCGCCAGAGGCUUCUCAGGCACAAGGGGCCUCUGCACUCUCAUCAGCUGCUUUUGAACCAGAAGUCCCUGUGUCUUUGAGCCAGAAACCAGGAUGCUGAAGCUCCCUCCCUCCCUCUCUGUCUCUCUCUCUCCCUCUUUCUCUCUCCGGCACUCUGUUGUUGGAAACAGUCAUUCUGAAGAGCAAGCUCUAUAGCCAACUGGUGCUUCAGCCUCGUGCUGUCCUGGGGCCGAUUUCCCUCCUCCAGAGGAGACCAAGGCUUGGGGAGGAGUGUGAGGCAACGGUCAGGUCUGUUGAUGACCUCCUGCCUGCUUCUGGAAGUUUCUGCCUUGCUCAGAAUGGGCAGGACACACUGACUGUACUUGAGGGUCUGGAGGGAUCCACAGGUCAGAGUGGCCUCCUGCUGGACACUCCCCACUGGUCUGAGGAGCAAUUCUGUCCCCUGAGCUGUAGGGGGUUGCUGAGGGAUGGCACAGACCCCCUAGCCCACUGCCCCCAAAUGGCAUUUGGCAACAGAAGCCUGAACAUCUGUGUAAGAAAGAGAGACCAGAGGGCGAAUAGCAACCAAAACAAAUGAAAAUAAAUACAUAAACCAGAAGACGUGUAUCCAUUUCCUAGCUGGUCACCAAUCAUGGUCUGUUCAGUCGGUACCAGGAGAGCAAGUUCUGUUCAUUUCCUCAUCUUCAACAGUAGCAGCAACAUGUCCCCCAACUCUUCCUAUUGUAAUUUAUUCUGCCACCAGUAGAAAGGACACAGUGCAGGAGUUUGACGGAAGGGGCUGAUCUGGGCCUUUCUUCCACCCUCAGAGAGAGAAAUCUCAGCACUGUGUGUCUGAGGAAGGGGGUUCUGUGGUUCGCAGUGUUUCCUGCCAUUUCUGCCCCCCUCCUGCAGCAAGCCGAGGAAGCGGGGGUGUGUCCAGGUUCGGAAGAGCCCCCUGGAAGGCGGAACUCACCCCCUUUUCUAUAAACCGUGUGCUUUCUAAAGAGAAAUCGUUUCUUACUUUUUGAAACUUCUUAAUCCAAUCUUGAACAGUCACCUGUGAUCCCGGUAGCUGUUGCUCUCGGAAGUGACCGAACCAAUUCUUACCUCAGCCACCUGCUCACGGAACCCCCUGGGCAACUCCGCCCUCCACCUGGGUCAACCAGGACUCGUGACAACCUGUGUCUUUCCCUGCCCGCCCCUGGCCCCCAGGAAAGGACAUCACACCCCCACACACACCACCGGCUCCUGCGUGCGGGUGAGCUGAGACGUGAGGCCUGCCAGGUCCCCUUUGUGCUUGCUCAAAACCCUUUCCUCCCGGCCAGGAUGGCUCUGUACGGUGACGUGUCCAAGCAUGCACAGCAGUGAGCACCAGGGUCAGGGGCCGCCCGGGCCCUGCCUCCCUCCCCACCCAGCCCGCACCUUCCUCCACCACUUCACCACCAUGCCACCGCCUCACCAGGCUGAAGGAGGCCUGUCCCCCAGCAGGACCCCAGGACUUGUCUUCUGUCUCCUCCAAAAGCAAGGUCGCCUUGCUGUUGCUGCCACACAAGCCACCCCCGACCGCUGCCCCAGAGCGUCCCAAGAGCGCUGCGCCCACUGAAUCCUACCUCUUGCCCAGCCCCAGGCAGAGAACACAGGGCCCACGCUGGGGACCACGAGAGAGCAGACCGGAGGGGAAGAUGCCACCAGGAGGGACGCAGAGCAGGGGCACAGCGCCCCUAGAGGCUCCUGCCGUCACAGCCUCUCCACCCACUGCCUCCGCUCCACCCAGGACCCUGGUCUCUGGCCGCCCUCCUGCUGCUGCAGCUCGGCCCAGGCAGUCUCGGACCUGGCCGUCCCUGGGGGAUGUGUGGCCUGAGCCCGCCUCCCCGCCUCCUCCCGCCCCAGCCCGCCCUCCUACCCAGUGUUUCGCCAGUUAAGCACCUGCCAUCCCGUACCCACCACUGGUUUGGGGUUGUUAGUUCUGUCUUUUUUUUUUAAUUAAAUAAAAACAUUUUUAAAAUGUU